GGUGCAGAUGAAGUCCUGGGAGAUAGCCCUGGUGGUCGUCGCUGCCGUUUACUUGUGCUCGCAAGUGAGUUUUGUGGCCGGCUUGGAGUGCAAUGUGUGCUCCAACCAGACGGGAAACACAGAAAAAUGCUUGAACACCAUCAAGACCUGUGAGCCCUUUGAAAAUGUCUGCGGCACGGAGAUCCGCUGGGGAUCGCAGCCAUACUUCUCGGAGGGAGCCCUCAAGCAGUAUUACGUGUCCAAGCGCUGCAUGACCAAGGAGCAGUGCCAGUCCAAGCGGAAGCGGUACAUGCAGCUGUACUGCACCCACAUCUGGUACGAGGAUUGGGCGUGCAACGAGUGCUGUCAGGGCGACCGCUGCAACUACUUUGUGAUUAGCGGAGCAACUUUAAGGCAGGGCUAUGGUGUACACUGGACCCUGGGUAUUGCACUCUUGGGCAUGACAGUAUGGCUUAUGCCGUGGUCUUAGUCUCGAGUAACCACAUCCCUUUAUCCAACAAUUGAUUUAUUAAUUUCGA